UCCCAACAUUUGCCUCCGCCACGGCGCCACCUCAGCAGCCUGGUCACCAACUGGCAGGUUAUGGUCGGCACUCGUGACCGUAUUGCAUGAAGCCCUCCACCGUUUCGACACUUACACUACCUUCGCUCCUUUUCUGCGCUAAACAACACAAAACACACAGCACCUUCAACGUUUCUCUCUGUUGCUGUUUCUCUGCAAAACCAUGGCAGGAGAUCUUCCUGGGUUUUACUAUGAUCCGGAGAAGAACAGGUACUUCCCCAUCAAGGGCCCAAUCCCAGGAUCUCGUCGUAUGACUGCUCCUGCUUCUUCUUCUGCUUCUUCCAGCGCUCAGACGCCGGCCAAGGUGACCAACUCAUGUAGGCGAACCAGUGUAAGAACUUCUAAGAUGCUUCAGGCUAGGGAGUUAUGCGGUAAUCUCAUUCCUUUCAAUAAAGGGAGGUGUAACUUCAAUGAGGAAUUCCAAAAGGCACAAGCAUGCCAUCCUGUGGUUUGGAAGUAUCAGGAAACCAAAGAGUUAACUGAUGGCGCUUUGGAGCGGAUUCGCAUGGAUGUACAGACAGAAGGGGGUCAAACUGAUACGGACUUUGUAUUAGCAGGUGGCAUGAAUGGCUCUAUAAGUAUUUUUGAAGUUGGAAAAGUUGGGCAGGGUCUUAAUUACGGGAUGAAAUGCAAGGCAGAAUGUGUUUGGCCUCUCUCUAGCAAAAGUCAACUGGAGUACAGUGAGGUGCCUGGGCAAAUAUGGAAACCAGCUCACACUACACCACAAAUGCCAUCAAACAUAUCUUCUAUAAAAAUGUUUGGAAAACAGUCUCCUGGCACAGAAGAUGAUAGUUCUUGCAUCCAGCAUAUGUUGAUAUCAACGUUGGGAGCUGAGAACUCUGGUGGAUCUCUUGUGGUUAUUAACCUCCAUGAACUACUAAACUUUGAUCCAAAUAGGACUGUCUUAAGUCAAAAUAUUUAUGAGAUUGCAACUUUCAACUGCACUGUUUGGACUACAGAUUGUGAAUCUGAUGGGAGUCAUGCAGUGAUUGGAACCAACCUGGGAGCUGCUCUGGUGGAUUUGGAAACUGGGAACGCAUCGUGGCUGUUACACAGUAAAAGUGAUGUUUUGGCACAACAACUUGUUCACUCGGGAAAUGCUGUUUUAUGUGGACUCAGAAAUGGAGCAAUUGUAACAGUUGAUGUUCGUCAGAAACAGGGGUGGUUUCCUGUAAGACCUGUUAGACAUAGAAUACGUCACUCACCUUUGGAUAACACGCGUGGAAUAACUAGUAUACAACGGUCUAAGCCUUCUGGAACUGGAAAUAUACAUCCUUCUCAUACCACUAAAAUGCCUUCAUCUAUUGCAAGUUUGGUAUCACUUCGGUUUGAUGAUCAGUAUUUUUUGGCGAGCUCCAUGGAUGGAACGGUGAAGCUUUACGACCAACGCCUAAUCCAAAGAGGAGCUGUACAAUCUUACGAGGGGCUUGUGAAUUCCCAUACUCGUUUGCAGCUUGGAGUUGACCCAUCUGAGAGAUUUGUUAUGUCAGGCGGAGAGGACUGCAAUUUACGACUCUGGAGUAUUAAGUCUGGUAAACUGCUUUUCGAGGAUAAAUUCUGUAACACAAUCCCCUCAACUGUGUGCUGGCGAAGAGCUGAAAGGUUUAAGGGAGAUCGGGAUGACAGGCCAAACUACGAAUAUCUUGAUUCCAAAAGUUAUGGUUUGGGGGCAUGGAUUGGAUCACAGGAAGGACUAUUUUACAUGCACUGGCAAGUGUGAAAGGUGCAAAAUUGCUCUCACGACAGUUUUAUAAAUGUUCAAAGCUUGGGAUUUCUUUCUAUAGUGAUGCUCACCAUGCCGAAGGCAUUAUGAGCUCUAACGCAGAGCAACGCGAUGGUGAGGAGAUAAAAGAAGGAGCGAUUGGUGGUCUUGGCCUUCCGAGGAGUUUUGUUUUUAUUUCCUUUGUAAAGCUAAAAGCAGGUAGAUACUGAGUCUGAAAUAGUACUCGUGUCGAGGCUUGUACCUCCGUUGGUUGAGAGUAUUUACCCUUACACUUACGCCACAUUGGGCCAGAGUUUGAAUCCUGCCUUUUGGUCCUCCCUUAAUACCAAUUGUAACAAACAAAGAAAAUACUUUGUAAAAUCAUAGUGGAAUCUAGUGAAGUGACGAUCUUAAUUAUCAGUA